AUGAAAUCUGGCUUUUUUUUUUUUUUGGAUUACAUUCAGGGGAAAACUUAUUAUGAUAUUAUCCUAGGCUUUGGGGAUACCCAGACAAUUCCUUUAGGAAUUAGUCAUGAUGUGAAGCAGCCAGCGUUGCUGAGUCAGCACCGUCCAGAAUCGAAACUUUCUUCUAUCAAUCUCCCCAUAACAAACCUCUCUCGUCUUAUAUUCAAACACUUGUCAUAUCUUGAACAUGAGCCGUGGCCGAUAGUUGACCGGGUCCACACCCCCCUAACUUUCUCAUCCAUCGGGAGACUCUCGGGAGAAUAUAUUUUGGCCUGCUCUCAUAGUAUUGCCGAUCUGACUCUGAACAUCAGAACGGCUUACUACGGCAGUGAGAGGUCUAGUUGUUACUCCGACUCCUAUCAUACAGGAAUGCUGCCUGAAUCUAAGUUGUUGGUUUUCGUGGAACGCUCGCAUUGUGAGGAUAUGUGUCAAGACUGCCAUUAUAAGGGCGGCCGGGGAUGGAUUCUCGAUCUGUCAACCCUGAUCAUCAUUCAACCUUCUGGAAUUCUUACUCUGUCACGUGAGCGUACGGUGUACACCGAGAAAGCGGUUAAUUGGCCGGGGAGUCCGUACUACCCCAACGUUUUGACCCGUAUCUCAUUAUGCUUUCUAGACAAGCACCCACACAGCAGCCAGGGCAACUGUGUAAUUCGCACGAUAUCAGCAGUACCAGAUAGAGGAAGGGAGUUCCUGGAGUCUGAUGUUCCUAAUAUAAGAGUCGGUGGUUAUGACAGACUGGCGGAUGGACAUGUGCCAGAGCAAAGAGAGGGUAAGUACGCUCAAGCGUCGAUUCCAGAAGCUCGAAUCCGCCUACCUCGACUGAGGGAAUGGUUCCGUCCUUCGACGCCUGACCCACUCGCCACUUGGUGCUACCCGGAGUACACUACUGCAAACAGAUCAGCCUAUGAAACCCCAAAUGAUAUGAGAUCCUAUUACUUCCAUCAGCGUCUUAUAAAACAAGUGACUAAAGGGGGGGACUUUGGGCGGGGCGAAAAUAUCUACACGGGACGAGGAGUUCAAAGUUACUUCAAAGGCAACCUUCUCCCCAAACUCCACAAAAUCACAAGAUACAAGAGAUCAGGCAUACGGCCAGCCUCCGAUUUAUUUGACAAGGAGCAAGGAUUGAGAGACCAAGAGGAUGGAAAAGACGAGGUUGUUUUUGUACAAUCAUGUCAUGCCGAAACUGUAGUCAUCUCCCUUUCAUCAUCCUGUGAAGCUUUUGGUAGGCGCAGAGAUGAAGAACUGAUCAUGCGUGACUACUGCAAACACACCCACUGCGCUGACGCAAGGCCAAGACAACUGGUCCAAUUGCUAGCAUCGCUCAUAUUAACAUUGAUAUUUGACGUAUCUGGGACGAAAUACCUACCGUUGAGCAUGGGUGCCCUUUCACUCUCAUUCCCAAUUAUCCGAACAGAUCCACAAUCGUCAUCCCCGCUUCUGUAUCCCGUGUAUAUGGGAAGCCUGGUAGUUACCACUGCAUGCGGCUAUGUCGCAUUGAAGGAGAGCAAACGAGAGAUCCUAGAGCUUUCAACUGUUCUGCUCUCAGCCGCGGAGUCCCUUAUGAUUCUAUUCUCAAGUCCGGAUGGAAUGAAAGCCGUGCUCACCAUUUUGCCGGCUGUGUUGUGUUUUUCCAUUUUCCUUAUCGCUAAUGCUUCUAAUCACUAUUGCUUGUACAUUAUUGCAAGACCAUCUGGGAUUGUCAUGAUUUUGCGAAGUGUUGGGACCAGCCUCAUUGGGGAAACUCCCCAGUCUCUCCUCCCGGCUGUGAAGGGGGAUAUCCUCGGAGCUAUUGGGAGUACCAGGGGCAUGAAGAACUGUAUUAAUUGCUAA